UUGUAGUUAAAAUUAGCUCUGUUGCGGCCGUUGCUCUGCAAGCCCGCUCGCACUUGGCUGUGUGGGAGAAUAACGUUGGUGUUUUUGUUGAAGACUUUGUGGAAGUGCGGACGCUCCGGGCUGUUCGAUUGAGUUGGCGGUCGCGGGGACAUCGCUGGGGCUGGCUGGAUCGCCGACACGGGAAGAUGUAAUUGGUGCUGAAGCUGCAUUGCUUACCAUUCUGCAGCCUGUAGGCUGCGCCCCCGCGCGCCCGGCCCGGCCCGCGCGUGCCCAGGGCUCCCAGGACGUCCAGGCGGGCCACCCUUCUGCCGCCAUGCCUCGGCCGCGACCUGCCACGCGAACCCCGAUACCAUCCCCCACUGGCCAUGGUCAAGAUGGUCUUAGGAUGUCCUACUGAGUUUGCGGACAGACAGGCUUUGUUAAGGAACACAUUUGGUUCCUUGGGAUAAUAUUGUAGCUGUGUGUGCCGCUCCUGAGCAUGGCCAAACUGGAAAUUCCGAGCAUAGUUGUCCAUAGUGGAUCACCAAGUGUACCUGGCGUAAGCAUGGAACGUACCGCUAGACAGACACCUCAAUUGCGCAAACAGAAAUCAUCUAUUGAUGAUGGAGAGGCAAUAGCAGGCGGCUGCAUUCAUCACCACCAUUCAAAGUCUGAUUCCGGUGGUCCAGGUCCCACAAACAGCACUUCGAGUUGUAGCAACAUCAGUCAGACCAAAGCGGAUGUUUCAUCAGGGGGUGGAGCUAGUUGUAAACCAGGCAGUCCUGGAGGGACAAAUUCAAGAAGUGAAGAUGUUGAUAAAGCUGUCAAUGGCCCUCAACCUCAGCUUUCUCGAUCUAGAUCAAAUGCUAAAAUGAAAAUGCUGACGAGAAGUCAUGCAAUGCGAGAAGCAACAAGCCCGCCUCCUGAUCCUGCAGCAAUGGCUCAAAUGUCUUCAUCAGCCUCAAGUACAGCCGCCACACAGGUGGCGUCAACGACCAGCAACCAACAAUCUACCCCUGCAUCAGUAGUCAAUACCACCAAUGGCAAAAGUAAUGGCCAGGCAAGUAAAGCUAACAACAACAACAACAACCACCAUAGUGGCAGUAACCAUCACCACCACACAAGCAAUAACAACAAUUUCAAAAACAAAAAUGGCAACAACAAAAUUAGCAAGGAUCAGAAUAUUUCUUCAAAUAGACCUAGUAAUCAUCGAGCUCCACAGAACAAGAACUAUAUUUACAUAAGCUCCCCACAAGAAGCUUGGGGUGGUCUGUUAAGUCAGGACUAUAGCACUACCUUACAGUGUCAAGAUGCAGCCAAAGCAGAUUUACUUGGUUUUAUUGCCGCUCAAAUGACUACCAAGAAUCGACCCCUUCUCCUAAGAGUGGAGGAAGAACUUAAACAACUUGUUCAAGAUCAAAGGCCUAUAUUCUUCAGAUUUCCUCAAAUGACUUCAUUUCAUCGAAUGCUCGUCCAUAGGGCAGCCACAUACUUUCAAAUGGACCACAACUUGGAUGCAUCUGGAACCUGUGUUAUUGUGAAUCGCAAUAAAAGCACCAGAAUGCCUGAGAGGACCUUUUUUCAAGUCAUGAAAGACAUGAAGGGUCUCAGUGCCAGAGCAUAUUCAAGUGAAGAGCCUCGCAAGUCCAUUCUGAAACGGGACUAUGCUUCAUUCGAGGACAAUCAAUUUAAGUCAGAUGAAAAACAGCUGAGUUUGGAAUCGCGUCGCAGUAAGAGUUUUGAAGAAAGGGAGGAGGAAUAUGAAAGGGCAAGGAGACGCAUCUUUAGCCGGGAUGACAGUACGGAAAGCUGCCAAAGAAGUGAGUCCAAUCAAGACAGCAUGGAAGACGUCCGUUGGAGUGAGUGUGCGACGUGGCCAUGUGAUGAGCCUGAGCCUCCAGGCAGAUAUCUACGACCUAAUGAUCGGCCUGGUCGUCUGAUGAAAACAGAAUCUUAUGAGAGCAGAGACACCUCGAGAUCUAAUUCGUCAAGAUCUGCUGUAUCAAAGUCCUACAGUUUUGGUGGGUACACUGGAAAUGGUUCAUCAAAUGGUCGGCUAGGCCCCAGCCCUAGUCAUGGACAAAGUUUCGCUGCAUUACCCAGAGGCGACAGCAAUGCAUCUUCACUCAGUGCAGGGUCCCGCGUGUUGGCCAAGCAAGAUUCUGGGAGCAGUGUAUCAUCUAGAUUGAGUCCUUCAAGCUCUGGUUACAAAUCUCAGUCACAACAGUCGGAUGCAACACUCUCUGCAACACCUUCUCCUACAGCGACUCCGCUUUCACUUUUGCCUAUGUCGAGCCAAGGAAGUCAAGAUACCCUUUCUCCAGAGCCGCCUGUGAUUUGGCCCAUGACCUCCAUGGGCAAUAUUCCCCCUGGGAGUGUACUCAUCAAUCCAGCGACUGGUCAACCCAUAUGUAAUGCGGAUGGGUCAGUUUAUCGAUAUGACCCUGAGAAUCCACUGACUCUUCAUGUUCCAGCGGAGGGCACUGCAAAGUCACCGCCAACCAGCCAGUCUGGUAGGCUAAGUGAUGACUGUGCUAAAAGUAAUACUCCUGAACAAGAGACCAGUUGGGCCAACCAGUCAUCACAAUCUCCCAAAGUGACACAGACAUCAAACACACCCUCUCCAAAGUUAGAAGCAAGCAAGCCAGGGUUCCAGCAGCCGCCGCACAAACCAGCAUCACAGUUUGACAAGCCCCAAACAGACAAGGCGGCCAGCGCGAGCGACCAGUCCAAGACGAGCCAAAACCAGCAGGAGAAGCGCAGUUACUACAACAACAACCAGGCGCGCGAACGAGAGGACCACCGCGGCAACCAGGGCAGCAAGGGCGAGAGCACCAGCACGAGUACGACCACCUCGUCGACGUCAUCGUCGUCGUCCUCCAGCCUGAGCGUGCCAGAGCGCUCCGUCACCAACACGGCCACGUCCCCCAUGCUGGUGGCCGCCUCCAGCACCGCCUCCAACGCCGCCCCCAGCCCGCAGCGGCCCCUGCCGCUGCCCCUGCCCCUCGUCGUGGGUGUGCCGCCCCCGCCGCAGCCGCAGGCCGGCACCUACCCGCUGCCCAUGGUGGCGUAUCCGGUGCAGCCGGUGCAGCCGCCCCACUACCCCAACGGCAGCUACACCUACGCCGCCGCGCCGCCCGGGGAUGGCCAGGCGUACUACGGCGGCGCCGUGCCCGGCGUGCCCGGCGUGCCGUACGUGGGCGGGUGCGGGUACGCGCUGGACCCCGCCACGGGGUCGUACGUGGCGCAGCCCCAGCAGGCACAGCAGCCCCCGCCGCCCGCGGGACAGCCGCCCCCCGUGGGGCCGGCCCCGCCACCCUGCUGCUUGCCGGGGUACCCGUGCAUGUACGCCGCCCCCACAGCAGGCCCGCCGCCCCCCGGCCCCCACAGCGGCUACGACCACCGUGGCUCGGAUGUGACCGGCCAAGCGGUGAACGAGGUGACGGGCUACAUGAUAGGCAUGUCCUUGAACGGGAACCCAGGCGGGCCCGUGGUUGACCAGCGGGCCGGUGGUGAUGCAGGCCCUGGCUCUGCACGCAAUGAUGGGCAAAGCCCUCUCCAAGGACCUGGGCCUGGAGGCCCCCCCACACCCCACAUCAUGGUGGCUGGCAACGGCUCAUACUACUGGGGACCUCAGAUUUCUAGUCAGAACCAGGGUUACCCACCCACUGUCAUGUAUUAUUACCCUCCUAACAACGUGACGAGUCCACAGAAUCCCACUGGAGUGGCAGCUGGGUCUGCACCUGCUUCGGGCAGCAAUAGUAAUUCCAAUUACAACAGAGGCACAAGCCCACAGACUAAUUCUAGAGAAAACAGUAAUAAUAAGAACAGCUCAAAUUCAACUGGCUCUACUUCAUCAAGUUCACCUGGAAAUAACAAUCGCAACAGCUACAGUCGUAACGUGGCUGCAAGCUAUGCAAAAGGUGCAGCUAUCUUCCAGCCUCCAGCAUACUCAAUGCCAAACAUGGGUGUGGCUCCACAAACUCAAGAUCGAACUGUGAUUAAUGGAUAUCCAAAUGACUGUGUAGGAGUCGCCCCUCCACAGCAGCAAGUUGUCUACACUGUAUCUUCCAUGCAUACCAGCACCGUGCCAACGCAGUCUUAUCAACCGUCUGUAUACUCUAAUGCCAAUGUAGCUAUGAGUGGCAGUGGCGCACCGCCAGGAGCUUUAGCAUAUUACCAAGGGGCUGGGGAUGGUCCUUCGCAGGCGCCAGGCCAGCCGCAAGGACAACCCCUGGUGCCAAUGAACCCCUAUGCUGGUCCUCAAGGUUACAUGCCUGCACCAGGCACUCCCCCUAUCACUCAAACCUCCUAUGGCGUCCAUCCAUAUGUAUAUGGCAUGUAUUCACAAACUGCUAAUGGGCCUGGUGGUCCGACAUCGCCUGCCACUUACCCUAAUGUUGCACCGCACCAGUCACCUAUGAUCCAAAGAAUGAUGCGUCCCAAUUUGGUAAAUUAUUUUUUAAAAUUCUCUUGUUUGAUUAAAUUUUUUCAUAUUUAUAUGAAACUUAUUUGAUUUGAUUAUGUCUUACAGUCUAGCCCUCCUCCGAGAACUGCCGGACCCAAAGGCUUUCCUCGAGGACAAAGUCCAGGGACUCGAAAGGACCAUGGUGGAUCAGGGGAUAAUAUUCGCUUUUCUCAGCCAUAUUCAAUGCCUAUGUACAAUUUAGCCGCCUCAAGAUACAUGUCGACAGGUGACAUGAGGUAUAUGGCAGGGCGCCUUCCAUUUUCCAUACCUACCAAUUCCUAUCAUCGAGCUAUUCGUCCCUUCCAAACUUCUUACUACCCUCGACCACACAGCCAACCCUCAGGGGAGGCCCUAGGUUUAACUCGGCCACCUAGAGUGCGGAAGCCAACCCCACAAGCAAGAAGCCCUGCUCGAGGUCCUUUUGUUGGAAGGGAUUUCAAUGCUUACUCAAAGCCUCCAGCGGUGAUGAGGACCUCCUGAUGCUGCGAAGAUCUGGAUUGCGAGCUCUUCCAGUCCUGUACGGCCUACCCUGAACCGUCUGAUCGAAUCUCCGAUGAAAAACAUGAUAUUAAGGCAUACCAGGACAAUGGAAAUCAAUUGGUACUUGGUGCCCAUCAAGAGAAUCUUUCAGAAAGUGCUCAGUGUUCUCCAAAGACUGCUAGUUUGUUCAACUGCCAGGUGGCAGAAAGUGAAAAUCCCACUAGUCUCUCUGGAGAAAAGAACAAUUUGCUUUCUCCCAGAAGUGAUAUAAGUGAAAUUUCAAAUAU